CUCUCACCCCCCAAUUUCCAGUCACAAUCAUGGCGAAAAUUAAGAAGAAGGGUACCUCCGGUCAGGCCAAAAACUACAUCACCAGAACGCAGGCCGUGCGCAAACUGCAGAUUUCUUUGCCAGACUUCCGUCGACUAUGCAUCUUCAAAGGCAUCUACCCUCGUGAGCCUCGUAGUAAGAAGAAGGCUUCCAAGACUUCCACCCCCAAUACAACGUUCUAUUACACCAAGGAUAUCCAGUACCUCCUACAUGAGCCGUUGCUCCGGAAAUUCCGCGAUCAGAAGGCACUCGCGAAAAAGAUUGCCCGAUCGCUUGGACGUGGAGAAGUUAGCGAUGCAUCGCGCCUGGAGAAGAACCACGCCCCGAAACUCACUUUGGACCAUGUCAUCAAGGAGCGUUACCCUACCUUUAUCGACGCCCUGAGAGAUCUUGAUGAUGCAUUGUCGCUCCUCUUUCUCUUCGCGAACCUCCCCUCCACCAACCAUGUCCCGCCCAAGACUAUCGCCCUGUGUCAACGCCUGUGCCACGAAUUCCAGCACUAUCUAAUCACAACCAACUCGCUGCGGAAGUCGUUCCUCUCCGUUAAGGGUAUCUACUACCAGGCAACCAUUCAAGGGCAAGACAUUAUGUGGUUGGUUCCUUACCGAUUUGUGCAACGGGUUAACGGGGACGUUGAUUACCGCAUUAUGGCUACUUUCGUUGAGUUUUACACGACCCUUCUUGGCUUCGUCAACUUCCGGUUGUAUUCCUCAAUCGGUCUCAGGUACCCCCCGAAGUUUGACACCCGAAGCGAUGAGAACGGAGCGGAGCUGGCUGCCUUCACCUUGGAAGGACGCUCUAUCGGAGAUGUCCCGACGGCUAUUGAGGCAGGCAGCAAGCAAUCCGGCAACGCGCUAAACCAGGAGGUUUCUCGAGAGGUUCAAGACAAGGUUGACAAGGUGAUCAAGAAAGCCGGCCUGGAUCAGGCCGCGGGCGAACAGACCACUGAAACGACCGAGGAUUCUACCGAUGCGAUCGAUAAAUUCGAGCCUACCGCUCCUGAGGCCGAUACCCUCCCCCAGCCUGACUUGAGCGGGGAUGAAGCUGGGUCGCUUUUUGCUCCGUUCAUAUUCUACAUUUCUCGAGAAGCCCCCAAAGCUCCUAUAGAAUUCAUCCUUCGUUCCUUCGGUUGUAAACGGAUUGGCUGGGAUGCUGUUCUUGGGGACGGUGCCUUUACACAUAACGAAGCUGAUCCGCGCAUCACUCAUCAGAUUGUGGACCGGCCCGCCCUGCCAGAAUCUUCACUGCCCGCUAUUCCUGCCGCUACCGAGGGAGCUUUCCCAAAAGUCCGGCCCGGAACUCGUAUUCCUGGUAGAACAUACGUUCAACCGCAGUGGGUCUGGGAUUGCAUCAACGAAGGCAAACUUCUUCGCGCCGACCUGUACAGCCCGGGUGCCACUUUGCCGCCUCACCUCAGUCCAUGGGUGAAGCCUACUAAGGGUGCUUACGAUCCACGUGCCAGCUUGGCCGAACAGGAGGAAGAAGGUGAGGCCGAAAUUGCCGCCGAGGAAGAAGAUAGCGACGAGGAGAUGGACGAGGCCGUUGAGGAAAAGCCGUCUUUGGCCAAGGACAGCGAAUCAGAUGAAGCGGAGGACGAUGAGGACGAGUCUGUGGAUGGCGGCAUGGAUGUUGCCGGCACCGACGACGAUGACGAAAGCGAGACCGAUGGAGAAGAGCAAGAAGACUUUGCAGGCUUUGAGGAAGCCGAUGCCGGUUCCGAAUCAGAGGAUGAAGAGGAAACAGCUCGAACCCAGCAUCAGAAGGAACUCGAGGCUGAGGCAGCUGGUCUUCCUUUCUCAUCCAGCGGUGCCGCAGAUGGAACUACCAAGAAGAAGUCGCAAGCCAAGAAGCUCGCCUCUAAGAAACGCCAGGAAGAAGAGGAGCUGGAGAGACAGAAGAUGAUGAUGAGCCGGAAGAAGCGUAAGCUGCUGGAGAAGAUGAUGUACUCUAAUAAGAAGCAGUCAGAAGAAGCGGCGAAGCUGAGGUCCAAGCGCAGAAAGAUUGAAAAAGGUGCUGGGAAAUAAAUUAGAACAAGAAAAGUUAGCUCUGUUAGUGAUGCAAUGAUAUCUGGAUGGGAUUUGGACACCAUCGGCAGUUCGGCGUCUUUGAUAGUUUGCAAUUGUUUUAUAUAGACCG